UUCAAUCUUGCUGAUUAUCCGUUUUGAGGAGGACGUCGCAGGGGCCAGCAAAAUGGGGACCCUCAUAAACAACAUCACGCAGUUCUACCACUAUGUCAACGAGGAUCUUGCUGAUCCCCGGACAAACUCAUUCUUCCUAGUCUCCAGCCCGUUCCCGAUCCUGAUCAUCAUGUACCUGUACCACCAGUUCGUGCGCAAGUGGGGCCCCGCCAUGAUGGAGAGCCGGCCGCCCUUCGAGCUCAAGAAACUUAUCACGCUGUAUAAUGUUAUACAGAUUUAUCUGUCCGGGUACAUCUCUAUACGGUGUCUCUUACUUCUCUACUUGCCGGGCCACUACAGCGUCUGGUGUCAGAAGAUGAUCACAGAUGAGUCACCGCUCGAGAAGAUCGUCAUCCACCAUGUCUAUAUGUACUACGUCAUCAAAGUCAUUGACCUACUGGACACGGUAUUCUUCAUACUGCGGAAAAAGUUUAACCAAGUGUCGUUCCUGCACGUAUACCACCACCUCGGCAUGUGCUUGCUCGGGUUCGUCGGCAACAAAUAUGUGCCAGGCGGUCACGGCGUGAUGCUGGGUUUCAUCAACUCGGUCGUGCACACAGUCAUGUACACGUACUACCUCAUCUCCGUGGUGCGGCCCCAGUGGGUGAGGCGCUGGUGGAAGAAGUACAUCACUCAGCUGCAAAUUCUGCAGUUCGCCUUACUAAUCUUCCACUUCGGGCACGUGCUGUUCGAGCCAUCGUGCGAAUACCCCAAAUGGGUCUCCCUAGUGUUCCUCCCGCACAACAUCUUUAUACUCUUCCUCUUCCUCGAUUUCUACUUUAAGGAAUACGUUUAUAAGAAAAAGACUAGCAAUAAGACUUCGUAGGUAAUAAAUUAUUUAUU